GGGGCAGGGGAGGAGUGUGUUUGGGUUCUCGACUCCCCCCCCCCUCUCGCUCUCUCUCCCUUUCAGAUGAAGUUUCUUGUUCGUGUUGAGAGUUUGGUAUUUCCUCUCAGAUCACAGGUCCUACCGGCAAGUAUAACGAGCUCCACGCAGAGCAGGACGCCGCUCGGAACACCCCUCUGCCUGCCCCCCGUGACCGGAGGAGCUCCUUUGCACUUUUCUUUGCACUCCUCUUUGCCCCUACGGGGAGCAGGAAAGCACUUCCAGCUGUGGGAGAGGGGAGGAGCCUUCUGACUCAGAGGCGCGGAGGAGGAUCAGCCAUGGGGUAGCGCCAGAGGUAGGAGGCGCAGGCGGGGAGCAUGGCCGCCUACACCCUGAACCUGCGCGUCUUCUGGCCCCUGGCCGCCGCUGCCACACUCAUCACGCUGCUGCUCCUCUAUGCCUCCUCGCUUGGUGACCCCCCCUCUGCAUCAGAUGGCUGCCCCGGCUGGGCCCCGGGCGUCACCCCACUGGCUCUUGCUCUCUGCCUCGCCAUCCUCCUCCUCCUCGCCGGCUGCCGCUCCUCGUGCCCCGGGCCGGCCCGUCCGAACCCCCCACCUGGUACCGGGGCACCGUCCAGAGCGGGCCCUGGCAGGAAGGAGCUGCUGGAGGACUUCUACGAGAGACAUGUGCGCCUAUCACCCCACGUCCUGGGCCACAGCAAGGCCCAUGUGGCGGAGCUUGUGGGCGAGCUGGUGCGUGCUGGCCGCGCUCACGCCCCCCCCGAGGCCUCGUUGGCGCUACGUGGUGACUUUGUCCAGAUUGGCAGCUCCUACGAGGAGCACAAGGUGGGCCGGCCCGACUGCUUCGACAUCCUGGUGCCGCUGCGACUCCCACGGGGCCUGAAGCUGGAGCCACACUGCGGCGAGCCGCCCACGUCCGACCCGGCGCUGUGUGGCCUGGAGACGCCCCGCCGGUCUGAGUGGGCCAGGCGGCACCGGGCCUUCACUGACACCUUCCUGGUGGCAGAGCGGGUGGAAAACACGGCAUAUCGACUGGCGACAGGCGCAGUGCUGCGCUGGUUCUACAGUGCGGUGCAGCGCUGCCUGUCUGCUGUGCGCUACCGCUUUGACCAGCGCUGCGUGCUGGGUUUGGCGCUGCAGGACGACCGCGUGCUCCUGCGCCUCACGCCACGCUCCGACUACGUCUGCUGCCACAUCUCCAUGUCCGUGCGGCUAAUCCCCGCCCUGCCGGCCGGAGACGGCGCCUACUGGGUGGCGGCCUCGAUGUGUGCCGGCACCCCCCUAUGGACAGCCUACCUGCCGCGGCAGGAGCAGAGGUUGCUGGGGUGGCUAAAAGGCCGACUGCCCCCCGCAUCCUGCCACCUGAAGUGCCUGCAGAUGGCGAAGGCCGUGAGGGACCUGGGCGGCCAGGUGCUGGGCAGCCGUGAUGGCGAUGACUGGCGGCUUAUCCUCUCCUCUUAUUCGCUGAAGAUGGCAUGGCUCCGUCUGCUGCUAACCACGUCCCCUGAGGCCUGGGAGGAGAGCCGUCUGGUAGAGCGACUAGAGGACCUUCUACGGUGCGUGCGGGAUGGGCUCCAGCGCCGCAGCCUGGCUCACCUCUUCCUGGGGGGUGAUGCCAUACUGCUGCCCGACUUCCUGUCUGCGCCCCGGCCUGUAAAAGGCACGGCCCCCUCCGACUUGUGGGCACGGUUCAGUCCCGCCACCUUGGACCUAGUAUCUGCCCGGCUGACCUACUCCUGGACAAAUCUACACCGCCUUAUUCGACUGGGCCGCCCCCAGCGGACCAGCAGUGGCAGGGGGGUCCCCUGCAAGCAUGUAGAUUCUGAGUGACCCGGGACGGGCAGUGGAUGUACAGGGUGAAGGCCUUCACAAGCCAUCUGAAGAAGACACAAAUAACUAACCUCCAGUGAAAACCCACAGGUACUGGUACUGGUACUAGAGCUUCUGGCUCAACUGACUGUAACAGGGCCCAUAUCAUGGUACAAAAAAGUGGUUUCUGUCAUCCAAGGGCUAAUACAAUAAUGCUUGUAAGGUGUUAAGAGCUUUAAAACUUAAAUAAUUUAUUUAAACCAAAGGGAUCUCAUGGUAUAGAAGCUGUAACCAUGUGUUCGUCUAUGUUUCCCACUCCGUGAAUCAUUCCAGGGUCCAAAGCUGAUAUGUGGGGGUUUUUUUGUACUUGAAGGGGGAACUGAGCUGUGGAACUUUCCGGCAUCCUGGUCCGAUAGCAGUAUUCCCGUGACGGGAGAUUUUUGGAUGCAGGGGGAGUAAAGACUGAAGGGGGGAGGGGGAUGUUAUCUGAAGGCAGCACGGAUGGGUGGCACUUCUCGUGGGAGCCGAACGCAGCCGCAGCGCGGCCACAUGUCACGGUACAGGAAGGCAACCAGAAGAGUGCUGAGGAGGGGCCGGGGUGGUGGGAGGGAGGCCGUGACGGUGAGUCUGCCCGCCGUGUGAUGUGGGGCAGGAGCGCGAUGAGUCAGGGUGCGUAAGCGGGGUGCUGUUUCCCAGCACGUGGGUCUGCUGUCGUUUAGGACAGAAUGUGGGGCAACCUGGGAUGUCUGAGUAAACAUACGAACAUUGUGUCUUAGGCUGAGGUCACAUGACCCGAGGACACAAUUCCCAUGAAUCACUUUGGCGUGGCCACUUGCAGAAUAUAAACCGUUUUAUUGCUUCAGUUCGACUGAAUUCAUUCCGUGAAUAUGUUCUGUAAAUCGGCCUGACUUGCACUCUAUGUGCAAACUCAUGUAUCCCCCAUCCCCAGGAAGGACCUCCAGGGUACAUCGCCAUGGAGACAGAAAGGGGCGGCGAUCUUGUUGACUUUUUUUGUAUGAGGGUACCAGCGGAAAACCUCCAUUCAGCUGUUGCUGCUUUUAGGAACGUACCAAUCACUUGAGCAGGGGUCCAGACCCGUUCAGUCCCAUUAUGCAAGCCGCAGUUUACCAAUGUCAGCGACCUGUACUGCACCCGCCAUUUCUGGUCCGUCUAUUUUAGGACAGCCGCUUCACUGCAAGCAGCCCGUUGACAUGCAGUCAUGCUGCUUGCUUCAGCUACCCGUUGCUUACCUGAGGCAAAUUCCCACUGGCUCCACCAGACCAACCGGGGAUAAUGGUAAAUAAGAUGCUUAGAUUAGCAGCAUGUCUUUACUUUGUCCUGAUACGGUUUCCCCCAGGUACCUUGGAGAAAAGACAGGACCCAUUUCAGCAAUUAGGGUUAGUGGGGUCUUAGGCUGUUCAUCCAGGGGGUAGUGGCUUGUGGCUCAGCGCAGGGAGCUGGAGGGGGGGGGUCUGACUCUAUCUAAUCUCCUGAGAAAGUGCGGGUACAGGACUGAGCUGUCUGCCUAUGAAGAAUAUGCUGAUUACUGGGGUCACAGAUAAACUUCAACUGGCCAGCAAAUAAUUCCCAGAAUCCCAUGCAGCUACGGGGAUUCCUCAAAGCCCUGACUGUUUACACUCCCCCUCCUCCCUUCACUUCUCUCAUUUUCAUGACAAAUGUAGUCACCUUGCUCUGAUAUCCUCGCUCUGCUCAGACUCUGGAGAAUGAAUAAGAUGUCUGGGUGCAGUUAUGCAUGUUCGAGAAAUCGUCAAACAGUGUUACACAGUGAAACAGGAAGCUGUCGAAAUCGCCAUGGGGCUGGCAGCGUAGAAAGCAGGAAGUGGAGGGACGAAACAGGAACGUGCGAGACAAGCAAGGCCCUGUCCCUUCCGGAAUCUUCCUCACCUUCCUCAUGUUCCUCUGCAAGGCUUCACUCUCCCCCCCCCUCCCCAGCAGCCGGGGUUGGCACUAUUAUUUAUUAAUGUUAGUGUUUUUUUUUUGAACAAAAAAAAAACGACUGGUGCAAUGAUACUUUUAACAAAGCAUUCACUCAAAACAGGAACUGUGCAUCAAGUGAUGUGUCUGUUUCUAAUUUUUAGAUUAAGAUCGGAAAUCAGUGUUAUUGUUUUGUUUUAAGCACUUAAUGGUAUUUUUGUGCCUACGGGGAUAACGUUUGGCUGGAUUUUUUGACCUUGUAAAUAAAGCAUUUCACACUGAA